AUGGUCCAUGCCGUCGCCGGCCUCGCCUCACCGCACUUGUUCGUCUACGAACCGACGGGAUCCUUUCCCGUGGCUGCCUCCGACGGACCGCAGACAUACGCCAUCACCGCAGGCGACUCGCUCAUCAUCUCGUCGUCUGUCUUUGGCAUCGAUUGCUCGCCCAUCGUCUCGCCAAAUACCACUCAUUGCUCAUCAAUCGCUCUCAACGAUGGUACCUGUCGCCUCAUCCUCGCCGCCUCGCUGCCCGUCCUCGCCUCGGAGCAAGACUUUGCGUCGGCCACAGAACCAUCGCUCUCGACUAAUUGGCUCUUCUCCACAGCUGGUUACGCUGAGCUCAAUGCUACCUUCUUUCGCUGCGUCAAUGGCGAGAUCGAGGUCUCGUCGUCCGAGGAUCAUCCCUCGUACGCCGCCGUCAACCGGCUCCAUGUCCUGCCCAAGCCUUCGGCCUCGGUUGUGGCCAGCCCACUUGUUGUCACAGUCUCGGGGUCGGUCGCGUUGCAGGCGACCGGCCUCUCAGGCGGUUCACCGCCGUACACUCUUCGCUGGCUGCUCGGCGCCUGGUCGGGCCCGGGCGAUCCCGCGCCGGGCGCUAACCCGCGGACGCUGGCGCUGCGCAGCAGUGUCGGCGGCCCUGUCUCCGACGCCACCGCGCUUCUUGUCGAGGCAGACUUGGACGGAUCGGCCGCCAAGGCGUACAGCGUCUCGCUGGUUGUCCGCAACGCCGAGGGCGGCGUGGCGACCGGCAUCAACUCGGCGCAACAAGUCCUGGUAGUCCCGCGCGCCAACGUAUCCUUUGCCAUCUACGCCCCCGCAGCGAUCUCUGCCGGCGUCAAUGCGUCGGUUGUCGUAUUCAAGACACCCGGCGGCGGAACCGGACCCGACUACGCGCUCCUGGUCGAACUGAUUGACCUGAGUAGCGGCGCCGCUACAUUCUCGGCGGCGCAGACAGUGUCGACUCCCGACGCACUGCCGAACCACGCGUUCUCGACGUCGUUUGCCAUCCCACUCGCUACCGCUGGGGCGUUUGAUAUCCGCGUCACAACCACGGACUCGGCUAACGUCACCGUGGUUGCCACUGAGGUCGGCAACGCCACGCUGGUGGUCCGGCCGCCACCGGCGCUGCUUCCGCUUGCCAUUGUGGCGCGGAACAUCACAGUCUCAGGCAAUGCGAGUGCUGCACUCUGCAGCAUCGAUACCACAAGCGGCGUUCCGCCGUACAACAUUGGCUACGCACUGACGCGGGUCUCGGAUGGUGCAGUGCUGGCGUCAGCAACCACGGCCGCAAGCCAGAUUACCAUUCCAUCGCUGACUAUGUUGGCGAGCUGGCUGGCGCCGGCCGACACCGCGACGCUCGUCGCGCUGCGGUGCUUUGGAUCAGACGACUCGGGUGUUGACACGCCAGAUGCCACGCAUACGUUCUGGAUCAUGCCGGUGCCGACCAUCACGACGCUGACGAUUGCGCCGAGAGCAGCCACCCACACUUCGAGCUUGUCGGUGGAGUUUGCGCUCACUGGCGGUGUGCCGCCCUACCGAUUGACUGUGGACGCAGAUGGAGUCAUGCUGCCGGUCUCGGUCACCCUCAUUGCUGCUGCUGGUCCGGUGGCGGCUAAUGCUGCCGUCGAGCUGUCGCUCCUGACUCUUCCGACAAACGUGACGAUCUGCAUUGUUGCGAUUGACGCAUCCGGCGUGGCUGGUGCGGCAUGCACGCCGGGGGCCUGGGUUGAAAUCUCGCCUCGUGCGUUGUCGAGCGUAACAGCGACACCCGUGGCGCUCACUGAGAGCUCCACGCUGGCUCUGAGCCACACAACCUCGCUUGGCACGCUCCCGUACGCGGGCGUGGCAACGUUUUAUCUGGCACGCGAGGCGGUCUGGUCAUCAGUAGCGACGGUUGUCUCGUCGGGACCGGAUUCGGCAGUAGUGAUGGAAGCAGGCCACGUUGGGCGGGUGUAUGCCUACGCUGAUGUGAUCGACAGCGUCGGGGUGGGCUCGCUGGCUGCCGGCAUUGCCGGAGUGGCAGUCGACGUUGCGGCGCGACCGAGCGUCGACAGCGCCGCCCUCCGCUUUGCGCCCGAGUUCCUGGAUGUCAACGCAAGCCUCAGUGUGGCGCUGGCCGGUGGCGCGGUGAGCGGCGGCACCGGAUCUUGCGCGACGAUUGCGCUGACACUCGUCGACGCCGGCGAGACGACGCAGGUUCUGGCGCUGCUCGGCAGCGUCGUGAGUUGCGACAGCGCAGCGGCUGUGCUUGAAGGCGUGAUACUGCCUCCCGAGCUGCAUCCGGCGAGCGUGCGGGUGGCGGCAGUGGCAACGGAUUCAACGGGCGUGACGAGCACGGCAGCGGCGACCAGCGCCGGAGUCUUGGUCCUCCUCCCGGCCCCGAAUAGCGCUGCGUCGGUCUCAUCGUCGCAGACGGUCUUCGGAGUUGACUACGAUCUUUUCUUCUUUCUUGUCGGCUUGGCAGUUGCCGGCACCUGCUGCUGCUGCGCGGGCGUGGUGGCGUUUGUGGCGUGGCGGCGGUACGUCCGCAGGCGCGACGAGUACAGGAGGUACCUGCUGUCGCGAAAGGCCGAGGAAGAGAUGGCCAUGGCGCAAACAGCAGCAACUGCAGCAGAGCUCUCAUCGUCGCUCGAGUCGACGGUCACCAUCGGCUUUGAGUCGUCACAUCUCGACUCGGGCUCGGGCACCGCCGAUCUGGACGAGUUGUUCAGACAGACAAGCGGAGCGCUCCAGGUUGCACGCUCGCGUGCGCUCCUCUCUACCGAGCAUGUGUCCUCCGACCUCUCAUCGACAGACGCAUCGCCACUCUCCGACUCUGGUCACCGGUAGCACACACGAUACAUGAACGAGCACAAUGGCAGGCGA